GUAUAUCACACUCCCUCUGCAUAAGAAUGGAGCGCUAAAAAGCUUAAUGCUUUACCCUGUCUCUCCUUUUGGUUUCUUCAAAGCAUACUAGUUAGCAGUAGAAGCAGAAGUAGAAAUAGUGGUUCGAAAAGCUCAGUACCUUCUUCUUCUUCAUAGAUUUUUCUCAAGCUCUCUCUCAUUCCGUCCCUUUGUUCAGGCUUCAAAGGCUGACCCAGGUGGGGGUAUACGACUGUUGAUUGCGGCUGCUUGAUUAUUUCUGGUUUUGAUUCCAAGUCCUCAUCAAGAUUAUCGCCUACAAUCUGCCAUUCAACUUUUUUUAGUGGUUUUUUUUUUGUGGAUCUUUUGUUUGCUGCAACAUUAAUGGUUUGCUUGUUGGUAGCAGUUCCAUGAAGUUGCAUUUUCUUAAUUUGGAUAUGAGUGAUUCUUGUGAAGUUAUUAGUUGAUAUUGAAGGUAAAGACUAUAGUUAACUGGUGUUAUAGUUGAAGAAAUGGAGAGCAGAGAGGGAGAGAGCUGGCGGGAAUUGGUGAGAAAGAUGCUUCCUCCAGGAGUUCCUCUUCCUGAAGAUGAGACCGAGCUUGAUUAUUCUAUAGCGAUGGUGUAUGAUGGCCCACCAGUCUCUUAUGAUGUCCCGAAAGUUGAACCUCUUGAUGUAAUUUCUCAUGUGAUCCUGACAGCAGAACCGCUUUCAGAAUCACAAAGAUUGGUUUCAAAUCCAGGUCCUCCAGUAAUUGAACCAAUUCCUUUACCCGUGUCUCGAAUAGCUGGUGUCACUGGUUCACCUAAUCAAAGUCCUAGAAUAUCAGCAAGCUCAGAGUCAGUAGUCUCUGUCUUGCAAAACCCUGAAUUUUCUUCUGCUUCAGCUUCAGCUUCUCCAGGGUCAGUCCAAAAUUCUCUUAGUCAUCCUCCAAAACAAAUGGCUAAUGAAGUAAAGAGAGUGCCAGUUGUUACAUUUAACACUGUUGAUCGAUCUGAGAGGAAAGAUGUAGAGAAGCUAGAUUAUCCAGGGUACGUUGGAGUUGCAAAGGAAAAGAAGAAGAAAAAAAGUAGGGUUUGUUACAGGUGUGGAAAGGGGAGGUGGGAAACCAAGGAAUCGUGCUUGGUUUGUGAUGCUAAGUAUUGCAGCAAUUGUGUGCUUCGAGCCAUGGGAUCUAUGCCUGAAGGGCGCAAGUGUGUGACAUGCAUUGGUCAACCAAUUGAUGAAUCAAAGAGGUCAAAGUUGGGCAAACAUUCAAGGGUUUUGUCACGAUUACUCAGUCCUUUGGAAGUCAAGCAAAUUAUGAAAGCAGAGAAAGAAUGUUCGGGUAAUCAGCUUCGGCCAGAGCAGUUGAUUGUGAAUGGAUAUCCUCUGAAACCAGAAGAGAUGUCUGAAUUACUUGGAUGCCCAUUACCUCCGCGGAAAUUGAAACCUGGUAGAUAUUGGUAUGACAAGGAAUCUGGUCUUUGGGGAAAGGAGGGAGAAAAACCAGAUAGAAUCUUUAGUUCAAACUUAAAUUUCACAGGGAAACUCAGCCCUAAUGCAAGCAAUGGUCGCACGGAGGUUUACAUUAAUGGUCGGGAAAUAACCAAACUUGAACUGAGGGUUCUAAAACUGGCGAAGGUGCAGUGUCCUCGAGACACUCAUUUUUGGGUCUAUGAUGAUGGUCGUUAUGAAGAGGAAGGUCAGAAUAAUAUCAGGGGAAAUAUUUGGGAGAAGGCAUCAACUAGGAUUGUUAGUACACUUUUCUCUUUGCCUGUGCCCCAUGGUCAACCUCAUGGACAGAGAGAUGAGGCCAGCAAUUACACCACCGUUCCAAAUUAUCUAGAGCAGAAAAAAGUACAGAAACUUCUUCUACUUGGGAUUCAAGGCUCUGGAACUAGCACUAUCUUCAAGCAGGCCAAAUUUUUGUACGGGAGCAAGUUUACUGCGGAAGAUUUGCAAGAUAUCAAGUUGAUGAUCCAGAGCAAUAUGUACAAAUAUCUUAGCAUUUUGCUUGAUGGGCGGGAGCGCUUUGAGGAGGAAGCCUCUUGGAUGAAGUCGCUUGGUGACGAAGACCAAAACUCAGAUGCAGGUGGAGAUGUUGACCAUAGUGAAACUAAUCACUGUAUCUAUUCGAUCAACCCAAGGUUGAAGCAUUUCUCUGACUGGCUACUGGAUAUCAUAGCCACUGGAGAUUUGGAUGCUUUCUUCCCUGCAGCAACACGUGAGUACGCUCCAUUAGUUGAGGAGGUGUGGAGAGAUCCUGCUACACAGGAAACAUAUAGAAGAAAAGAUGAGCUUCACUUCCUUCCAGAUGUUGCCGAGUACUUCUUGAGUCGGGCUGUUGAGAUCUCAAGCAAUGAAUACGAACCUUCUGAACGUGAUAUUCUCUAUGCAGAAGGGGUCACCCAAGGAAAUGGUCUUGCUUUCAUCGAAUUUUCCCUUGAUGAUCGGAGUCCAAUGUCUGAAACAUACACAACUAAUCUGGAUGCUCCACCUCCACCUCUGACCAGAUAUCAACUGAUUAGAGUAAAUGCAAAGGGAAUGAAUGAGGGAUGUAAAUGGGUGGAAAUGUUUGAAGACGUUCAAGCAGUGGUAUUCUGUGUAGCCCUUAGUGACUACGAUCAAAUGUGGCUUGUGCCAGAGAGUAGUGGCACUGGAUCUCUACUUCGGAACAAGAUGAUAGAAAGCAAGGAGCUAUUUGAGACAAUGAUUAGGCACCCAUGCUUUAAGGAUACACCUUUUGUGCUGAUACUUAACAAGUACGAUGUCUUCGAAGAGAAGGUUAAUCGGGUGCACUUAAGUGCUUGUGAGUGGUUUAAUGACUUCAGUCCGGUGCAACCUCACCACAACAACCAAUCACUUGCUCACCAGGCCUACUACUAUGUUGCAAUGAAGUUUAAAGAUCUAUAUGCUUCCAUCACAGGCCGUAAACUUUUUGUAUGGCAAGCUAGGGCAAGGGACCGAGUGACAAUUGAUGAGGCAUUUAAGUACACAAGGGAGGUUCUGAAGUGGGAUGAGGAGAAAGAGGAUAAUUACUAUGGUGGAGCUGAGGAUUCAUUCUACAGUAGUACUGACAUGAGCUCCUCACCAUUUGUUAGGCAAGAGUGAUGCUCUUGAAUUCCUUACAUUUCCUUUAUAACAUGUAUAAAGGAAAUUAAUUUCAUCACCAGUAUCCUAAACCUUCUAAAUAAGUCACUUGUUUGUGAUCUUUCAUUGUGAGGUCAAUUUUUAUUGAUGACAUUGGUGAGGGAAUCAGGUGGAAUCAAUCUACUUUCUCCUUGAUGGAGCGUGCUGGUGGGAAAA